AUGAAACAAACCUAUUGUACAACAAACGAAAUAAGACCAUUACUGGAAUCAAUGAAUCAUGAGCAACAAGAAAUAUUUUAUUAUGUUCGAGAAUGGUGUAUCAAACGUUUACAUAAUCCUCAGGUUGAACCUCUUCGUUUAUUUAUCACAGGAGGCGCGGGUACAGGUAAAAGUCAUUUGUUAAAAUGCCUUCAUUAUGAAGCAACGAGAAUUUUUUCUCGUAAGAAACAACUAGAUCCCGAUGAAAAUAUAAAUGAAAUUCAUACAUUAAUUACAGCAUUUACUGGUGCAGCAGCUGUCAAUGUUGGUGGAGUUACUAUACAUAGCGCAUUCGGUAUUGGAACUCAAUUUCAGAGUUUGAAUAAUCAAUUGUCUUCUGAUAAAUUGAAUAGUUAUCGUUGUAAAUUACAAUCACUAAAACUAUUAUUUGUUGAUGAGGUUUCUCUCAUACAGUCAAAUCUAUGGGGGGCCAUGCAUUCUCGUUUAACGCAAAUCAUAGGAGUACAUUCAAAUACAACCAUAUUUGGUAAUAUCGCAAUAAUAGCUAUAGGUGAUUUUUAUCAAUGUUCACCUGUGGCAUCUUCAAGUAUUUAUUCUUCUUUACUUUGGUGUGACCAUUUCGAAUAUGUAGAACUUAAAAUUAACGAAAGACAAAAAACAAAUUUUUUAUUUUCUCAAAUGCUAAAUCGUAUUCGAAAAUUAAAGAAAAAAGAGGAUAUGAAAAAAGAAGAUCAUGAUGUACUUGAACAAUGUCAUCAAAACUAUUUAAAAAAAGAAUAUCAUCUCGAAGCAUUACAUGUAUUUCCUAAAAAUGCACAAGUAGAUUCACAUAAUGAAGUAAUGAUCGAAAAAUGUUGUACAGAUAUUCGAUCGUUCUAUGAAGUCGAUGCUAAUCAAAAACAAGUACAACAUAAUAUUUCUAAACAACCAAAAACGAAUAAUAAACCUCUUCGACUUGCUAAAAAUGCUCGAGUUAUGAUAACAAAAAAUAUCUCUGUAAACGAUGGAUUAGCAAAUGGCGUCACAGGUCGUAUUAUUGACUUUGUGGAAGAUAAUAAUAAAGAAGUGUCGCGAAUAAUAAUAAAAUUUGAUUCAAAUACAGUCGGACGUAUUCAUCGAAUAAAUUGUCAGUCUUGUCAAGGAAAAGAUUCAGUAUGUGUAACACGAGAAAGUGAUACUAGUGAUCAACAAGAAUCCGAUUUCCGUUCAAGGAAAUCAACAAAACAAUUUCCUUUACGUCUCAGUUGGGCAAUGACUAUACACAAAGCUCAAGGCAUAACAGUAGAUCAGGUUGUAGUUAGUACAAAAGAUAUGUUCGGUACUGGAAUGGGAUAUACAGCAUUAUCUCGAGUUCGAACUUUGGAAGGUUUAUUUCUUAUUGAUUUACAUUCUGAUAAAUUCUAUUGUAAUGAGAAAAUUGACGGAGUUAUCUCACAAAUGAAACAAAUGAAAAAAAAAGAAAACAUACUUAAACAAUCUCAUGAGUCUAUAAACAUUUUAUUUCAUAAUAUCGAAGGAUUAAAAUUUAACUUUAAUGUAUUUACAAAUCACUAUAUAACUCAAAAAGCCGAUCUCAUUUGUUUGACACAAACAUGGAUAAAAGAUAAUGAUGAUAAAGAAACGUUCAAUAUGAAUGGUUACAAACUUAUUCACAAAUCAGGAUUGUCUUCAUUUAUUGGAGGUCAUACAGUCAAUUCUGAAAAUCGUGGUGGUAUAGCAAUAUAUUUCCGUGAAACAUUGUCUAUAAAAGAAAUACAAUCUGACAAAAUAUUAAAUUUUGGACAAAUUACUUUUGAAAUCGAAAAUUUUAAUAUUACUAUUAUUCUAUGUUAUCGAUCAUCAGAACAGAGUAAAAUUGAUUUUUUAACUAAUUUGACUAAUUCUAUACAAGAAAUCGGUAUUGAUAAACGAAUUUUUCUAAUUGGUAAUUUCAAUGAAAAUACUUUAACCAAGAAAUCAAAGCCUAUUGAAAAACAAUUAAAUCUUUUAGGUUUUAUUAAUAUUUUUAAAAAUUCGACUACUACAAAUAACUUAACUAGUAUUGACUGUAUCUAUUCAAAUAGAAUUUCAAAUCAAAAUCAAUAUCAUAAUGUAGUACAAACAUUUUAUAGUUUUCAUGACAUAUUAACUCUUACAAUAAAUUCUCAGGAUAAUAUAUCUUCCAAUAAUAUAAACAAUGAAUCAAUGAUUGAAAAUAAAAUGGAAACACAAAAUUCAGUUCACCGUUCAUUGGAAAACGUUCCAAUACCAAAAAGAAAUCGAAAACGUAAACUAAAUUCAAGACAAACACAUGAUAAAAACUACCACAAAGCUAAACUAUCAAAGAACAAUUUCGAUAAUAUAAAGAGCUUAAAAGAAAAACAAUUACAAUUUCUUCGCAAUAUAGAUAUUUUAACAGAGAAAAGUACUAUAAAAAAUUUUCCAACUAGUUACAAUUUAAUUCAACAGCUUGCAAUCAUUGGUUUAGUAAAAAUCUCGAUAUUAGGCGAUGGAAAUUGUUUUUUCCGAGCUAUUUCACAUCAACUUCAUAGAGAUGAAACACAGCACGCUCACAUUCGUAAUAUAGCCAUAAAUUAUCUGAAAGAAGAUAAAUAUCGUUUUACACCCUUUAUCGACGAACAAGAUAAAUCAAUAGAAGACUACAUCGCAAGAAUGAGUCAAACCUCAACAUAUGCUGAUCAUCUUGUAAUAUCAGCGACAGCAAUAGUUUUAAACAAAAACAUAAUUGUACAUCAAUUAGCUAAAAUUCCUAUAUUGAUUCCUGGCUCAGAUUACAUUGAACAUCAAUUACAUGUAUCUUACAAUCGUAGUAUUUUACAUUAUGAGAGUGUUUUCAGUUUAGAUGGUAACUCUGCUAUUAUAUCAGCAGAAAAUCUAAUACUGACUUGA